AUGGACUUUUUCACGCUUGGCAGCGGUUCCCAUCGGGUUCAUCUUUGGGCGACGGUAUGUCGGACGACUCACGCGUGCAGUACUGCGACAAGUAGGUUUCUGCUUGGCUCAUCAGAUUUUCCUUUUCAACAUUUCGUCGAUAAUACUGUUACAACUGUUGAGCAUUUAACUCGCAACCGAGGAUUCUUGGGUUCCCGUUGGUGGUGGGAGGAUGAGGAUUUCAGCCGUCCGUUCACUCAUUUGGAACCCGAAACAGCGGCUCUUGUUCAAUGGCUUCGGGACUACGAGCCUACUGCGGUGUUCGCUUUCCCAACUUCCUCCGCUCCUUCUAUUGGCUAUGGUGUGGAUCCAUCUGAAACGGACUAUGCACAAAACAUCACCGCAGAAUCCCACAACUGGCUCCAGUUCCUGGCAUACUUGCUUGCACCCGGAUUUCAUCACUUUCCUCCCCAUUGUUUUGAGCCUGCUUUGGAUAAACCCAGUCCCCCGGAUCACCGCCGCCGAGGGCUGAUCGAUCCUGUCGCGCAUUCUGCUGAUAGAUCGGAUUCGUUCGUCUCACUCGCUUCACGCUCUUUAUCUUUGGCUUCCAUGUCCCCACAAUUGGCCUUGUCUGAAAUGCAGACUGAACAACUGCAACACAGUACUUCCUUUCCCCCUCCUUUACCUCUCCCUGCUCCUAUCAAUAUGGGCCUCUCUCUUUGUCCGGCUUGUCGUUCACCCACUCCGAUAGGGGUCGCCAGAGUUUGGAAAGAUUUCCGUCUGCCCAGCUUGUUGCUCGGUCUCAUCGGCCACGCCACACUGACCGCUCCAGGAAGCUUUGGGCUUAUUGGUGAAGUUCAGUCCACAUCUGGUGAACCAAUCCCAUGGGCUCGUGUUCAUUUCGACAAUAUGCGCAGUGAGUUGUCCACUCGGUCCCGCAUAAAUCGCGGACAGUUCAGUAUCGCACUACCUCCUGGCACCUUCCGAAUUAGCAUUCGCGCCUCUGGCUACCUGGACUUGGUGGAGCUCGUGACCAUCGACCCGCGUGGAGGGACCGUUCACCGAAUCUUUCGGAUGAUCCCUGUUAGUGCUCUAUCUGCCACCACACGCACUUACCUUUUGGUCACUGCAGGCUCCUUCGUAGCUUGCCUGCUAUCAGCCACAACUAUCUGGCUCUCUUACCGGUUCUGCUUCCGACCUCGGACUCCCUAUGCACUCGCAAGGCGGACACUGGCGAGUAAAGCAAAUUCGUCGAGUAAGUUCAACGAUCCGGGUCAUGACGGUCGCCGCGGCGCCUAUCGUUUGAUUCCAUUAGGAUCAGAUGCGUAUUCGAUCGGGGACAAUGAACACGAAUCCGAGCAGGACGCACUUCAUCAGUCCAUGCUGAACCACGCACUUGAAGACGGAGACCAGGAUGAUCUGGACGAAGUUCCCUCCAUGGAUAUUCAACCGAAGACUGGACUCUUGCUGACUCGCUCCAAGCGUGCACACAGUCAUCAAAAACCAACCAAUUUAUCCGAAGACUCAGGUGGACUGGAAGAAGUCCCUCUCGUUUGA